AUGGCAUCUUCACCGCCGCACUCAUAUACCCUCGAAAUCUUCUCCGACCAGCAUCUUGUUCGCGAUCUCGCGAAGGGCAUCUUACAUACCAUCUUCUUCCACCGAUACUUCCCCUCGAUCCGCCCCUCACUCACUACAGAUACAUCACUCCCAAUACCGCUACCUUGUAUCCUGGAUCCGCCCGAGAUCGCCGCCGCAAUCGACACCUCAGUCGCAGAACUAAUGUCGCAACUAAAUACGCCAUCAGGACCGGGGAAUGUGCCGCCGGGCGGUAGCAGAGGGGAAAUCGUGGUUCAGUUCUUUGACCGCAAAAGGCGGAAGACCGGUUACACGGGCGGCUGGCUUGGACGGCUGGGUGGUGGCGGGGCGCAGACGGACGAAGAGGUCUGCUGGGAGGAGUGGCGUUUGAAAGUCGUCGUCGCGAGACCGAGGAGCGAGGCAGAUCGGAUCAAGGUCAGGAGAGCCAUGGAGUCGAGCCUGCAGAAGACGGCGCUCAAGAUCGUUGACCUAGUGAAUAAGGAGAAGGACCACAUACCGCCAAUAACAACGAGCGAGCAGAACCCUUUCCCCUACAGGAUGCUAGUAAACCCCAAGCAGCAGAAUCUUGAAAAAGGGUUUGGCGGUUGGAGCUGA